GCCCUUCUUUGUCUGUGAAAUUCUGGAUCAUAUAUCUGCCUGGUGGGGGAUGGUGUUCGUCAAUAUACGAUUGUUUUCAAAGGUAGGGCGAUAAAAGGGCUAUUACAAGCUGAACAUAAUUGUCAGUCUGGCAAUAAAGAAUGAAAUACAUGGCUUAUUAGCACUGUGAUGAAUAACUAUCAUUUUCAUAUUACUUAAAUGAUUUGAUAAACUGUUAUAGGUUUAAGUAACAAAUUUCGUUGGUGGUCAUUUCAUUUAAUUUCCUUAAUAUUAAUAUAAGUUAAGAGAAAUUUAUGAACUUAGAAAAUAACAUGUAAUAUAUAAGUGCAGGCAAAACAUUUUUCAACAUGCUUAUCCAUUUAACACAGAAGCUACCUUACAAUAAUAAUACUAUUUCCACUGCUACCAGGAGUCUCACAGAUCUUGGCUCCUCUCAUAUAGCCAAAACUUCAAUACCUUUGGAUGGAAUACUCUCUAACAGCUGUGUCACUAACCCUGACUUUUGUUACUGGAAUGUAAUUGUAUUACAUUACUGUGAUGGUUCCUCUUUUCUAGGUAAUUUUUUUCUUCAACCAAAUUGUAUAGUUGUUUUUUUAAAAAGGGAACAUGUUUAAAAAUACAUUUGAUUUAACUUUGUAAUAACAUAUGACUGCUCUUAAAAACUUUAAAAAAUUUAUUACAAUGUGACCUUAGGGAGGGUAACUUUUUUUCUGAAAAUAAUCUUGGGCUGAACAUUGAUGAAGAAAGAGCUCAGUCCUCAGAAGAAAACAAUGUAUUUUCUUGUAUAGCUUUUUAGAGAACUGAGAACAGAACAAAUGUAAGUUCGUGUAUAGAACAAAACAAAAAGCCCAAUGUCGGCUUGGGCAAGAUAUUGUGCAUUAUAUGAACUGAUGGUUCCUGCUGAGAGUCACAAGAAAGACAAGACUGCGAUGCCAAACUUUCCAGGCAUUGAACUGCCAAAGUUUUAGAAAAAAAGGGGUUACAAUGAAACUUGGAGGAAGGAGCUGGAAAAAUAAAAAGAGUUUGAAAACCUCUCUCAAUUGCCACAUGUUUCACUAAAUGUUUAAAAGACAAAGAAUAAGAAUAAAGGUCUUGUUUCCUGGCAAUUUUAAGAAAUUUCAUAAUUAUUUUAUAGCACCAAGAAAAAGUUACUUUAAAAAUCUCAAUCCUACAUUUAAUUAAAUUAAAAUAUCCUAAUCAUGUAUUUAGCCUAGGCUUAUACAGGACAGGUAGUUAGUUAUCAAGCAUUUCUCAAUGUUGGAAACAAACGUAUCAAUUAUUGGACUAAUUAGGUUGUCCCCCACUCUUUCCAGGCAAUGAAUCACGUGUCCGCAACUAUGAGUCCCAGCCCCUGUACUUGAGGGGGGCUGUCAUUUUUGAAACUUUGAUAGAGUAUCUCAAGGAGGCCACAGAACUUGGGGAUGCUGAGCAGAUUGUACUGGCAGGCACUUCUGGUAUUUAAACAUUUGAAAAUCUUAAAGAUUCAUUUUAUGACUUAAAUAUUUAAAUAAAUCUUUAAAUGUACAUUAAAUCGUUUAUUAAAUAUUUUAUUCAUGAAACCCUCUUAAAUUUAAAAAAAAAUUUAAAUAGUUACCUGAUGUAUGUCCAUUUGAAACAAAAAAACUUAAAAGAUAAAUAACAAGAGCAAUGGGCUUGUUUCCAGACAAUUUUAAGAAAGUUCAUAAUUAUUCUGUAACAGCAAGAAAAUGUUACUUAAAAAAAUUUAAAUUCUGUAAUAAGUAUUAUUUUAAAUAAAACUUUAAAUGUACAUUAAAUCGUUUGUUAAAUAUUUUAUUCAUGAAAUCCUCUUAAAUUUAAAAAAAAAAAAAAAUUAAAAUAGUUACCUGAUGUAUGUCCAUUUGACACAAAAAAUACUUUCCUGUGGUUCUAAUUCAAGCAAAUGACCUAAUUAUAAAUAUAAAUAUCAAGUGAUGCUUGACUACUAAACACAAACUUAGCUCAAUUUGAAAUUAUUUUUGAUAAUAUUUUAUUUUAGUAUUUUAUUUACAAUUUAUUUUUUUGUACAAUGCAUAUAUUUUAAAAGUACAUGUACAAAGCCAAAUUGUUUUUUAAAUUGAUCAUAUUUUGAUGUUUGUUUUCAAAAUUCGUGCCUUGACAGCUGGAGGCAUUGGUGCUUUGAUCCAUGCUGAUCACCUCAGAACCAAGCUGCCCCAGAGUGUGAGGACUCUGCAUGUGCUUGUGGAUGCUGCCAUGUUUGUCAACACACCAGAUGUUUAUGGGCAACUGAGUCUAGCCCAGUUGUUUAAGUCGGUCUACCAGUUCCACUCCAUCAAAGGUUAGUAAUGCUACUUGAGGGAUGCAUAGACAGAUUGAUAUAUUGUUGACAUUCAGAGAUCCUUUGAAUAAAAUGUAAAAUGUGCUGAUAAUCUUUUUAUUUUCAAAAUCUAAACCAGAUGUAGAAGAGAGUCAAAAUAAUGCAUGUUUCUCAAACAGAAUUUGAAUUUGACUUUUUCCCCUUUUCACAAUUCUGGUAAUAUAUUUUUCAGUAGAAAAGCUGUGUAAAGCUUCAAAUACAGUAAAUGAUGAAUUGGUUUUAAUGAGCCAAUCAUUUUCUUGUAUUUAUCUUAUAUUUGUUUCCACCUAAGGCCCAAAGAAAUAGACUUGUUGCAACCAUUGCGCACAGCUAGCUUUAAUUUUAGCUCUUCACUUUCAACCACUGUGUCUAGCUGGCAUAGGUAAUUCUUAAUUGAUGAACGAGAUUCUAGAAGUCGUUCAGUAUACCAUGUUUUUAGUCAUUACACAUCAAAAACACCUAAAUAUGUACCAUUAGUAAUACGAUGCAAUCCUAUCUGUUAGCUGUCAUUGUAUUAAAUAUUUAAGAUGUAAGUUUUAUUCCAACAAUACACUAUGAACUUAAAUUAAAGUUGAAAAAAUUCAAAGAGAGAACCAGAUACUAUAGUGAAAUACUAAGAUACUAAUAGAAUCUUUGUAUUUUGAUGUUUUUUACAUUUACAGUUUACAUCAAAUAUUCGCAAUCAAACAUUCAAAAUCUAGAAAUGUCUGUAUUCAACUUCGUUAUCAGUUUUAAUAAUUGUGCAUAGCUUAUAUAAAACUUAGCUUAUCACUUCCAACCCCUCUGUCUAGCUUGUAUUAAAAUAUCAAAUUCAUGGAUGAACAGGAUCUCUCAACAAUCUGCUUCUCCUCAGCUUCUGCCAGUAUUCAAGAAUGUACACAAACUCAAAACCAAACUGAUGAAUGGAGAUGUUUACUUCCUGAAGUGUACAACAAAUUUGUGUUCACCCCUGCAUUUUUCAUGAACUCAAUCUACGACAGUUGGCAGCGCUCUCACAUUUUUAAAAUACCAUGUUUAGCCACUGACUGUCCUCACAAAAACCUAAACACUGUCUAUGCAGCAAGGGACAGAAUCCGAGAACUUGCAAGGAACAUAACCGCAUCAAAGAAAAAUGGAGUCUUCCUCACCUGGUGCCCACUUCACACUAUUUUAAUCAGACCCUGGUUUUUUGCUUCAGAAUUGGGGAAUCCUUCGGUCCUCAGUUCCCUGAUAUCAUGGCUGCAGCAUGAUCUUUCUGACUCUGCAGGAUACAGGGAUGUCAUUGAUCUGCGGUCUGCAGUUGAAGAAUGCAAAUCCAUAUAUCUUUCACAGACAAUAAUUCAAUAG